GGUCUCGGUGAGUAUUGUUAGGAGUGCGCUAAACGAUAAGUAAAAUAUUACUCCGAGAGUGUUCUCGGUCGAACGGUACUAGUCGACGACGUUGCUAGUCCGACGUUGCUCCGUUCUGAGGGGAAAGCGGAAGUGAACGGGGCAGACCGAAGGACCGAUGUUUUUUCUGACUGACGUCGAAAACGGACGAGUCUCUUGAACGAGCCUGAUCAUCGUCGUGCAGUGUUUCUCGUCUCGCGAAAAGAAGAUGCGAAUUAACGUGAUUUUUUUCGCGAGAGCGAUGUGACGGCAUGAUCGACAAUUGAAGGAGGAAUGCUCCCUCACGAUUCGCAGCAUUCGACAGAGACAUCGGUUUAUACGCGAGCUUUAUUAUACUCACGCGUAUUAGCGGGCUAGCGAUAAUUCUGUCAGCACCUCGUAUAAAGCCGGUACGGCCCGUUAUACCUUGACAGAGCUGGGAAAUCAUCAUUGCGACUGCACAGUCCGGUCGUCGGGGCAGUCCGAGAGGAACGUCGCAAUUUUUACCAUUGCGAAACGAUGGGAUACGAUUCUUCGUUUGGCACGGGACGAGUUAUGCUUUUUAUCAUUUACCUUUCGCUGCUCGCGGUAACGCGGUCGAGCGCGCACCCUAUCGAUUACGAAGAUGCGGCGAAUCUGCUGCCAACGGAACCACGGACGACGAAUGACACGUUGGCCGUCAUCGUGCAAGACCCGGUGGUGCAGGAUGCCGUGCAAAAUACGGUCGGCAAUGGCUCCUUGGAAGGCUUGGUGGUGAAGAAGAGGAUUUUCAUCAUGCCUGCCACCGCACCUACCAAGGUGAUGUCGCAAAGCGAGCAAGUUCUCGUGGUCCCGGUGACAAAUCUGGAGGAUGUGAGGAAAAACAUCACGGGAGGUGCAAACGAGGAAAGAGACGAUUCAGCAUUCGCAGACACGCGACCGUUCACCAUGGACACGGACGGCGAGAAGGAAUUUUAUGGAAAUGAAAAUAAUCCGGCUGACACGUCACAGCGCGUCGGUAUCUAUGAAACGUUAGACGAGCUUUCUGAGACCACACGUAAACCGUAUCUCCCUGUCGACGACGAUAAAACGUCGCGAGAGACGCCCCUCCAUCUCAUGCCGGAUCCGCGGAAGGAAAUGAAGCGUCCGGCGUACUAUCAGGAUCAACACCAUCGUGCAUCGACCACAAUAUCAGUGCCGAUCAUCGCGCUGUUUGAUCCUGCGAAAAUCUCUGACGAUAAAGUCGAUGUUCCGAUUGCGGCGGCGUUGUCACAGGCGGAUGAUAUUUCGGAAAGUCGAAUGGACCUGCUGGAGAACGAGCGCGACGAGAUACAACGAAAUGUUCAGGAUUACAUCGACGGGAACUCCUGGAGCGUGGAUCCUGAUUAUUGGCGACUCAUGUCGUCCGAUGCGCAGACACCGCUGCUGUACGAGUCAGCUACGACGGAGAAUCAAUACGUGAGCGACGUUCGACCUGAAAUUUCUCUUCCGGUCGCAGUGCCACGUGUCGAUAUUGUAACGCCGCUCUUCUGGACCUCGGAUGCGGACGUCGACUAUCCCAAAGAUUCACGCGACAUGGACACCGCGGCGCAUAUCGCCUUCAGACCGCUCUUCCGUCUCCGACAGGAAGAACAGCGGAGAUCUUGGCGCCGUGGCACCGACAGCGACUACCGAAGAUUGUCUUACCGAAGAUACAAUUCGUACAAUCCUUAUCCGAGACGCGGUUAUCGAUAUUCCCGAUACUCCUAACGAUUAUUACUAACAAUUUACCAACAAUGGCGUUAACUGACGGAACGGUGAAUUGUCUAUCGAAAAGAUAAAUUUCUCGCGGUUAGUUCUCGCUGCUACGUAUAAUAAUAUCUCGAUCUUCCGUUGAUACUAAAAUGAAGUUAAGUAGCGAGGAGAAAAAGGGAGAUACUGAGUGAAUAUUUUUAAUGAUGAAAGUCCUAUCUUAAUUCGUUGCUACAAAUAAUGAUAUUUCGGUCGAAAUAAAAAAAUUACUAAAUGAUAAAAAAAUGAUAAAGUUUCGGAGAUUAUGCAUGCCGAAAGUCCGUGUUUCUUUGCGUCUUGCGUCAUCUCCUUCUCGUCUCCCGAACUACGUUUCUACG